AUGUAUGGUGUCGUUGUUACUCCACCACUCAACGAAACUGAAAUAAUGCAUGUCGUUUAUGUGGGAGAAAAGAUUCCUCUUCUAUUCAUUAAACGGAUUCCAAUAUCAAACAGAGCAAAACUGACUAAAAAAGAAUAUAAAGAUCUCGAAAAAGCUGAAAGAAGUAGAUCUCUUAUGUUCGGUGACUGGAUUGAAUUUGAAGAAAGUGAUGUUAUAGAAGGUUGCAUUGAGAAAUAUGUAAAGAUAUUUCCAUUGAGUUCAUGCCGUAGCAGUGGUGAUCAUCUGCAGAUUGAAUCAACUUGUGUUUUUUCACCAUCAGCUCGUGGAUGGGAAAAUGAAUGUUACUGUGAACUGUUCGGUAAAGUUCGAGUUGAUCCAGAAUUGAGAAAUUGCUUUCUUGCUGAUGUUGCAUACCGUUGCUGGAUUUCCGUAGAAGUCACUCGAAUAUCGUCUUUGAAUGUUGAGCUGGCUGAAUAUAUUGAUGUGUCAGAAGAGCUGAAUUUGGUGAAUGAAGCGCCUUGGAAUCACAAGGAUCCCCGCUUUGUUACCAUAGUCAGUAGCGAUACCGAUGAGGGCGAUUCGGAUUCGAAGCAAAUAUCGUUUCCCUAUGAGAUAUACGGUGUGCCGGGUGUAUUGGUUAGUGAACGAAAUGUUUAUAGUAGCCAAUAUCCAGAUGUCAAAAUCGUAUUGGCUUACGUUAGGCGUGGACGGCAUACCCCAGUCGGCAGCCGUAUACAAUUUAACGCGUAUUACAGUAUUCCUUUACAGUCAUAUGUGAUUCGGUCAUAUCGUGCUUUGGUGAAACAGUCAUUCGUAGCAAAGCCAUUCCAAUUUGGAUCACAAUUUCUGUUGGAAAUUUACGCCAAAUGGGAACCGAAUUUGCCGAUGGGACAUUUGUGGAGCGAAAAUAAGGAUUUCGGAUUGAUCUAUGAUACAGAUGGUUUAUUGCUACCUAUAUUCUUAGGUAAAAAUCCGUAUGCACCCGUAUGCGUACAUGUGGCAGACAUAGGCCCUAGUCGUUUAAGUCGUUUCGCAAUAAAAGAUCUUUCCGAUAUGACAACAACGGAGGCGAAUGUGGCCAUGAAUACUUCCUAUGCAGAAUUGUCGGAUGAUGGUUUUGUUUUGGGUGACGGCUCUCUUCUAGCAUCCCGUUACCUCUAUCUAAAAAUUCGUUUCGACAGCAGUUCACAAAAAGGAUGGGACAAGCUCGUUCCUGGAACAUGGGUCAAGUUUACAGCAUCGAGCCCCGCUGGCAUUCCAGACUUCAGAAUCAAAACAUGGAGUUUGACAACUAAUCCACUUUUGGUUCAGAUUCAUGCAUUUCCAACCUGCAGUGGUCAUGUAUUCGAAGCUUCUGGCUUUUUCGACGAAGAAUUAAGCGCAUUAAAAUCAACUGUAUUCGGUUUCAUUGAAAUACCGCGCGAAAAGCGAUCAUUAAUGAUUCCAAGAGAUAAGGGUGUAACGAUUGUUUGGGUACGAGAAGAUAAAAGGAAUAAAAGAGCACGAUUUGUACUUCAUUCGGUUGAAGCUCCGCAGACUGUUGAUGAUGGAAACGAUACGGAAAAAAAAUCAUUAGGGUCUUUGAUGAAUGAAGCUGAGCAAUGCUAUGUAAUAGAAAAGUUUAUUCUACCGUGUAAAAGAAUUGAUUGCAAAGGCAAGCAGUUACUGAAACGUUGUUUUAACAACCGUGCUGUUGUAAAUAGCCUGAUUCAAGCAUCAACUGAUGAAUUGUUGACUGGUAUUGUGAAGUUGCUGACAGCUGAAAAGUUGGAAAGUUAA